CUUUAGUGUACUUCAGACUCAGGAUACGGCGGUCUGUACCUAGCACCACUCCGCCAUGUGUGACGACGACGUCAGCCCUUUGGUUGUGGACAAUGGCUCCGGCAUGGUUAAGGCCGGCUUCGCUGGUGACGACGCUCCCCGAGCCGUCUUUCCCUCCAUCGUCGGCCGUCCUCGUCACCAGGGUGUGAUGGUUGGUAUGGGUCAGAAGGACGCCUACGUCGGUGAUGAGGCUCAGAGCAAGAGAGGUAUCCUGACUCUCAAGUACCCCAUCGAGCACGGCAUCAUCACCAACUGGGACGACAUGGAGAAGAUCUGGCAUCACUCUUUCUACAACGAGCUGCGUGUUGCCCCUGAGGAGUCUCCUGUCCUCCUCACUGAGGCUCCCCUCAACCCCAAGGCCAACCGUGAGAAGAUGACACAGAUCAUGUUUGAGACAUUUGCCACACCAGCCAUGUACGUGGCCAUCCAGGCCGUGCUGUCCCUGUACGCUUCUGGUCGUACCACAGGUAUCGUGCUGGACUCUGGUGACGGUGUGUCCCACACUGUCCCCAUCUACGAGGGUUAUGCUCUUCCUCACGCUAUUCUUCGUCUUGAUCUGGCUGGCCGGGACUUGACUGCUUACCUGAUGAAGAUCAUGACAGAGAGAGGUUAUUCCUUCACCACCACGGCUGAACGAGAAAUUGUACGUGAUAUUAAAGAAAAACUUUGUUAUGUGGCCUUAGACUUCGAAAGCGAAAUGAAUGUAGCAGCUGCCUCUUCUUCUCUUGAAAAGUCCUAUGAACUUCCUGAUGGACAAGUUAUUACAAUUGGCAAUGAGCGUUUCCGUGCUCCUGAAUCUCUUUUCCAACCUUCUUUCCUGGGUAUGGAAUCUGUUGGCAUCCACGAGACUGUUUUCAACUCCAUCAUGAGGUGCGACAUUGACAUCAGGAAGGACCUGUUCGCUAACAACGUUCUUUCUGGUGGUACCACCAUGUACCCUGGUAUUGCUGACCGCAUGCAGAAGGAAAUCACUGCUCUGGCUCCUUCCACCAUCAAAAUCAAGAUCAUUGCUCCUCCCGAGCGUAAGUACUCCGUCUGGAUCGGUGGUUCCAUCCUGGCUUCACUGUCCACCUUCCAGUCCAUGUGGAUCACCAAGGAGGAGUACGACGAGUCCGGCCCCGGCAUCGUCCACCGCAAAUGUUUCUAACAUCCCAAAUGUAUCAAUAUUUUUUUGUUAUAUGGCUUGCGAAUUUGUUUUUAUACUUUGUGUACUUAAGAACAAACGUAACGUAUAACAAUGCUGGAAUUAAAGUUAAUAAAUAUUUUGUCACCCA